AUAUUAUCUGGAGGAUAUGAAUGUGCUAUAUUAGAUCAUGUAUUAAUUAAUGCUUCAGCUGCAUUAGUUAUAACUGGUAGAGCUAAAGAUUUUAGAGAUGGUGUAGUUAUUGCCAGAGAAAGUAUUAAUAAUGGAAAAGCAUUGCAAACAAUGAAUGACUACAUAAAAUAUACGCAAGAAUAUGGCAGCAGCUUGCAAAUAACGGCGCAAAAUUAUGGACAGUUAGUGCCAAUUGCUAAUCAGACAUUAAGUGUUGACAGUAACAAUAAAGCUUGUAAUAUAUGCGCAACAUCAACACUUCCAUAUGUUAAGAUAUGUGGUUUGUGUACAGUUGAUGAUGCAUUAGCUGCUGCAAAAGCAGGCGCUGAUCUUAUUGGUUUUAUAUUUGUUAAAAAAUCAAAACGUUAUGUUAGUGUAGAAAUUGUAAAAGCAAUAUCAGCAGCAUUAAAAGCAGGAUCAUGGUCAAAAUGUGAAGAAGUUGAAUCGAUAAGUGUCAUCGAUUGGCAUCAACAACGUUGUUUAAAUUUAAUACAAUUAAUAAAUCAUACAAAUAGACCAUUAUUAGUUGGUGUAUUCAUGAAUAAUGAUAUAAAAGAAAUUAAUAGCAUAGUAAAAGAAGCUGGAUUAGACCUUGUACAGUUACAUAAUUAUGAACAUGAGAUUGCAACGCAAAUUCAUAGGCCAGUUAUACGUGUUAUAUCUAUAGAACCUACUACAGAUGUACAAAAUAUACUUCAGAUGAUAGAAUCUGAUUCAGCAUCUGCUGCUAUAUUAUUAGACGUAGUUAAGACAAGUGACGAUUGCGGCCAGACAUUCGACUGGACAAUUGCAAAAAUGAUUAAUAAGAAAGUGCCAAUUAUGCUUGCUGGUGGUUUAACACCAGAUAAUAUUCGAGCGGCUGUUCGCUUUGUACAUCCAUGGGCUGUUGAUGUAGCCAGUGGUGUGGAAUAUGUGGAUUCUAGUGAACAACUGUGCAAAAAUCAUAUUAAAAUUAAAGAAUUUAUCAAUGAAGCCAAAUCUGGCGCAGCUUCUAAUCAGUAG